GCAUCCAUUGUUAGAGUUUUUCAACAGGAGAACAGGUAAUGUUGCUAUACAGUAUAUACAGAAAUACAGUAUCUGCAGUGAUAUACAUUACUUCGUGUAAUUUUGUCCACAUUUCAUGUAUUCUUUAUAGAAUCGAAAGACUACCAGUCGGUGGUGGUAGAGGGAGAAUUUUUAAUGCUGAACAGGAGGCAGCCGUUGUCAACAUGGUUCUGGCAAAUAAUGCCAUUAGGCUGCGUGAAAUCAAGGCAGCAGUGAUUGCUGAUCAGGGAGUAUUUAGGAACAUCCAUACUGUGAGUGAGGCCACAAUUGACCGCGUCCUCCGAAGGAAUCAUAUGGCCAUGAAACAGCUCUAUAGAGUUCCUUUUCAGAGGAACUCUGAAGCUGUGAAGGAGGCCAGAUGCCAAUAUGUGGAGCGAAUAAUGGAGCUUGAAGCUGAGGGGGCACAUCAUAUCUUCAUUUAUGUCGACGAAGCCGGCUUCAAUCUUUGUAAAGUAAGGAGACGAGGAAGGAACCUCAUUGGGAAUAGGGCCACUAUUACUGUUCCAGGGCAGAGGGGUGCCAAUAUAACUAUGUGUGCUGCCAUCUCCAAUGAUGGCGUCCUGUGCCAUAUUCCUACCAUUGGCCCAUACAACACUGAGCGUCUCAUAGCAUUCCUGAAUGCCCUUUAUGACAUCCUGAUCCCACCUCAGGAGCGAGGCCUGUUGAGGCCUGGCAUGCCACGGUUCGUGAUUAUCUGGGACAAUGUGGCGUUCCACCACUCUCGUAUUGUGAAUGAGUGGUUUGCAGUGCACUGUCGGAUGAUGGUACAAUUUCUUCCUCCAUACUCUCCGUUUUUAAAUCCCAUAGAGGAAUUCUUUAGUGCAUGGAGAUGGAAGGUAUAUAAUCACCGACCCUAUGAACAGAUGCCCUUGCUCAAUGCAAUGACAGAAGAGUAUCACUUGUGGCUAUCGCUUAUACUCUUAUAG